AUGGCUGCCGCUCUGGGAUUGCCAAGUCAUUCUGAACAAACCAAAAUGAUGUCUUCUUCAGAUUAUCCAGACUGGCUCACAGCAGAACAUAGAACUGGAGUAAGUAAAGAUUUUAUGAUUCUAUUUCUUUAAGUGUUUUUUUUUUCUAUAUAAUUUUAUUUGACGUCGUGUUUUAGACAACAAUCAUGGCUGUUGAAUUCAAUGGCGGCGUGGUGAUAGGAGCUGAUUCACGUACAACUACUGGGUGAGCUGUUUUUCCUAAAUUUUCUUAUUUAAUUUCAUAUGUAAGCAUUGCAUGUAAUGUAACACAAGAUCGGUAUAAAUUUAACAUUCAAGCGAACUUUUGUUUACAUGGGCAUGAAAGUGGCAAUGUAAGUUGUAUUCACCAGCACAUGAUCGACAUCAAACUCUAAAUGGGUGAUUCCAUGUUACGGACAUUACUUUCAGAUACUAAAAUUCAUAUUUUAAACCCCAAUUUAGAUGUCAAAAUGUUCAUUAAGGGUGUUCAAACAUAUCUAGAAAGUCUUUUUAGUGUUCCCUUUGUACCUAAUAAAAAGAUGCUUUGGUUAGCUCUUAAGACCUUGAAGGUAUGAGUUGAAGAAAGUGUGUUGCGGACAUUACAGUUUAAACAACCACUUUUUAAAGUAACUUUCUUUGAAGAGAUUUUCCUGUGAAUUUUUAACCUUGAGCAGAAAAUAAUUGUGCCUUCAAAACAUAACAAUAAUUAGAUUUUUCAACUGUCCAAAAAAAGUUCCAUGCAACCUUGUUCCUGUGAUUCUACAAACAAAAGUUUGUGUUGCGGACAUUACACAAAAUUGUUGCGGACAUUACAUUUUUGGGAACACAUUUUUUGUCAUUCCCUUCCUAGUCAGUGUUGCUGACUGUGGCUAUGUCCAUUUGUUCUGUAGUCACUUGUCUAAAAAUGAAGCUGUGAAAUUAUCAUUUACUUUAUUUAUGAUCUAUUAUAAUAUUAUAUGAUCUCCUGCUGAGACCUAGUAUCAUGCAAUACCAGUCAGAUUUUUUUCUGCUACACUGACUCCUUAAAAUAAUUUCCAAAUUAAUAUUAUUACAUCUUAAGUAAAUGUUGCGAGAAAAAAUGUUCUCAGUAGUGAGGAUAUUAUUUUGCUUUUUACAAAACUGAUUUGGCUACUGAAAUUAUCAUAUUUUGUCAUUCAGUCUGACUUAAAGAUAGAUAAAAUGUAAAUUUGCACUAAAAUUGCACAUUGUUCACUACACAUUAUAUAACAAAUUAUUGUUAAAAAAAUAAUACCCAUUCAAGUUUGUGAAAGAAACAAUGAAGGUUAGUGCUUUUCCUCAAAAAGCAUGCUUACAAACUGUUCUGAGCAUUCUCAGCAGUACAAAACCCCUGACCAGCUACUCAUUGGCCAUUUUGGAGUUGCAUAGGGAACUGGGGCAAGUUUCAAACUUAAACUAAUCGAUAAACUGACACCACCAUAUAAAAGGUCAUGUUGAGAUUGGUUGCUUGAGCAGGUUUGGUGCUCUAAAGUUGAACAGGGAUCAAGUUAUGACUCUUGAAACACAGUUAAAGAUCCAUACAAAUGUCACUCUGUAAUUUUGUGACAGCAUCCCCCAAAACCAUAUAAACUCUUUAAAAUAUUUUUCUGUUUUUCUGUUAAAGUACUGCAAAAUUCGUCAUGCAUCUAUACUACUUUAUGGAAGGAACUAAUUUGAAAAUCACUAUGUUUGCCCAUUUUCAAGAAUAUCACAGAAAUCGUAAAUUAUUUAGAAUGUUUUUAAUAGUUUGUAAAUUAAAUUCAUUGGACAUUACGGAAAAGCUACCAGCUCUUUUUAAUUUGCCAUUUACAUUUGUACAUCAAUAAAAAGCAAUUUAGUGUUAAGUGGGCUGUUGUCUGAAUCUAAUUCAGAGAUAGUAAGAACUAAAUAUCCACAACAGCCUGAAUAAAUGAAAAAUCUAACAUGUGUAAUGUCCACAACGUAAUGUCCACAACACUUUUCAACGUAUAAUUUCUGAGCAAAGAAAACCCACCCAGGAAAUGUUUUGAGAUUAAAAUAGAGUAUACAUCAGACUAACUGAGCAGCAUCAAUAGCACAUGAAAAUACAGCACACUGUGUACAGGAACUGAAAAAAGAUACCUUAACGUUGCGGACAUUACGUAAUGUCCGCAACAAAAAUUCAAUGUCAAUUUUCUUGGGAAAGUGCCAGUAGCUGGAUAAUAAUUUAUAGCCUAAUGAUAGUGUAAGGCAAAGGUUAUAAUACACACAUACUUUUAUGUUAACUGUAUGUUUUCUUAGAUGUUAAAACUUUGUUUAAAAUUUCCUUCCAAAAAUUCCAAAUAUAAUGAGAUUCAAAUUCUCUGGAUUUCAUGCCUUCUCACAUUAAGCACAUGGACAUGACGCACAAGAUCUCAGUAAUUUCAAACAGCCCAUUGUUUCAGCUUUCUGUUGGUUAAGUUUCAUUGUGCCAAAUUUUAUUUUAAAAAAUUCAAAAUUUCAUUGUCUCAUGUGGAAUUGCCCAAAUCUUGAAUUUCCCCAGAACUGAUUAUUUUACAUAAGGGCUCAUUCUCUAACCUACUUCUAAACGAACAAAGGAACAUUUUUCUUCUUCUUGGUUGUUACCUCUCAGAGGCAACAAACCCUUCUUCCUCUUGAAAGAGCACAUAAUUAGAAAACUUGACAAGAUUUAUUAGUAGUGAGUAAACGCAACAGGACAUCAGGAAGAAGACGACAGCAAAACGCUUGUGCAUAACAAACGUGAUGGACCUGUUACUUGCGUGUUGUGUUGUGAUCUUCACUUAACAGUAAUGUUUUCUAGUCUUUUACAAAAAGAUCUGUUUUAAGCAAAGUGAAAGUUUGGUGAAAAUUAUUUCAAACAAAAUUAUUGUCACCCUUGUCACACAUUGUUGUCUUCUCUGCUGUCCUGUCCUGUUGCAUAAGUAUGAUAUGUCAGAGACGGUAACAGGUUGUUUUGCCUGAAAGUCGAUUGACCCGAUUUUAUUUUGCCUGGACAUAAGUCCAUUUGCCUGAUGUUUAAACGUACAUGUGUAGGUCUUUAAAGGGACUAUGUCACCCAACAUGCAUGCGCGAGCCAAUGAAAACAAACUUGAAAAAGACAGCCCAACUUUUUCAAGUUGUGUCGGAGAUUUUGGAAGGCUGUUUUUAUAGCCCCUUUAAGCCUGAUUAGAGGAAUAAACAUGAAAAGACAGUGACUUCACAUGUGGAUCAACAAGCAUUAAUUUUUUCCCGUGAAAAUUUCACACAAAACAUAUCAAAGAUCGACGUGCACUCACUAAGGUACAUGUAGACUUCAUGGACAUGUACAUGUAGCAUUAAGUGUUUUCUUUCUUUUAAUUUUACAGGGCUUACAUUGCAAACCGAGUGACAGACAAGUUAACCCCAAUCACAGACAGAGUUUUCUGCUGCCGUUCGGGAUCUGCUGCUGCCACACAAGCUAUAGCUGAUGUGGUUAAAUAUCAUUUGAACUUCUUAAGGUGGGUGAUUGAUAUUAAUGGUAGGAUUACUGUACAGCCCAACUUUAUUGUGCAUGCACAAACAAACCUAUUACAUCUGAGUCAGCACUGCAGUAUGUUUCCACCUGAGCUCUGAAGACCUACACAUUAGGAGCAGGCCAAUUUGUUGAGUUAAUGUUAACCCGUGAAAGGAAUGAAACAUGGAAUAAAGAUGAUAUCAACCGCAGAAAAUACAAAUGUAGUAUUUUUUUUUUUGACACUGCUCCUUUUUUUCCGCUAAAAUGUCUUUUUCCAAAGCUGUUGUGAAAUGUGCCACCAUAUUGACCCCUGUCCCAUAACAGUGAGUGUCCAACUCUGUCGCUAGUGAAAACCAGCCUUAACCCUUUAUAGUUUAAACUCAAAGAUCAAACUUUGAAUUCUCAUUUGUUGCCUCUAUUCAUUUCCUACAGAAGUAGUGGAGAGAAGUUGAUAAAUUAUUAUCAAGCAAACUCAUCUGAUUAUGUCCGUAAUUCUGAUGACCACUCUGUUUUACAAAGCAUUGAUAUUACAAGGAGAAAUUUCAUGCUGGUCACUGUUUGGGCUUAAAGGGUUAAGGGGAGGGGAGGGGUGCUUGUUAACUUUCUUUCCCUGAAAGCAGGGCUGUCAAAAAGUUUUUAAGUAGCAGGCUGAUAAUUAAUAGUAGGUGGCUUUGGAACUCACACUAAAGGCACAAGUUUCUUAGGGCUGAGGCAUCUAGGAACAUUUUGAAAUUUAGAGUCUCAAAAAUCCUGUUUCCAGGGGUUCUCAAGGGGUAUUGUCCACUUUGGGCGCCAUGUUGUUUCGCCCUUAAAAUGUCCCGGACAUUCCUCGACAUUCACACGGUACAAACGUUUCACAGAUCUAAACCUCUUUAAAUAUGCGUUUAAUGUCAUUCAAAACUGGGAAACAGAUGCUUUACAAUUUUAUUCGAUGGUGCUUAUUUUUUGUUAGCAGUUAUGGUAGAAGGAGAUGAAAGUAGCCGGCUAAUGAUGGCUAACUAGCCAGGGAAAGGGAGGCUUAUUUGAGAAGGGGAUCAAUAGAGGAUUUAGGGUAUUCCAAGAGCAAUAACAUUCAGAAACAAAUGGUUGUAAUUUGUGCUCAUUGAUGCUUCUUAUUAUAUAAUUUUUUGUAGUAUUGAGAUGGGAGAACAGGCUCUUGUAAAGACUGUUGCAAAUGUGUUCCGUGAGAUUUGUUAUGCGAACCGUGAUCAAAUGACAGCAGGUAUCAUCUGUGCGGGAUGGGACAAGAGACAAGGAGGACAAGUAAUAUGAUUUGAAAAUCUUUUAAAUUUAUUCUCUAUUGGAUUUGUCACAUUUUUGCAACUUAUAGAAACACUGGACAUUCUCCCACAUUCAGUUGUUGAAAGCUGUUCAUGUACAUGUAUCAGAGAAAAAAAAUUAUUGUACAUUAGGACUUCAACCCGAUCAAAGUGUGUAAUUCAUCAGAUAUGCAGAAAUUAUUCUACGUAUGCACAGAUACAGCUUUAAGAGCCAACGUUACUGUUUGGUAGCAACAAAAUGCAGACCUCUUGCAGAAGGUAUCGGGUUUUCGAUAAAAAGAGCAAAUCAAUCAAACCAGUUUUGAAGUUGCAAAGUGAGGUGAUGUUAAAGCAGUGACUUUUGAUUGAAAUUAACAAUUAUUUUGUUCCUUACUACUUUGAAUUGCACUUUGUAGCAAAAUCCAAAACUAUUACAUAAAACAUAAUUUUUCUAUCUAUGAGCUGUGGAUCUUUGGGUCAGAGAAGGAUUUCUGUAUGGCUCAAUCUGUCUUAUAUUUUGUAUUACAGUGUAGGCUGAGAAAACCAUGUGUCAACAAAUUUCAACAAUCCAUAUAAUUUAUAUCUAGAUUUCCCAAUUGAAUGCACCCAUAAUCCCUUGAUGGAAGGGAUACAUGUACUUCUCAGGGCGAAAUGAAAAGAAAAAAAUUGAUUGCCCUUCACCCAAGCUGUUGCCGAAGUUUACUUGCACUGAGCAGGCAUACUAACCCUCCUUCUCACCUACAGUAACAUUAAAUGUAUCUCUCUCGGUAAAUGUUGCUUACCUGUCAGACAACCUGUAAAUAUUAAAGACAUGCUUGUCCGAUUGGUUGCUCCACUAGCGCUGUCACUCCAUGGUUAAUUUACAUUAUUGUAACUUCAUUUGAAAAAAAAACUUCUCAAAAAUAAACAUGUAACAAAGGAGGCCUUUUUUUCACUAUUGUUUUUGUGAUAUUACCUUGUACUUUAUUUCUGGUACAUGUAAAUGUGCCUUCACACUUGUGCAAUUUUAUCGGCAGGUUUUCUCAAUUCCUCUUGGUGGAAUGUGUGUGAGACAGCCAUUUGCUAUAGGAGGUGAGGAUGCUACCAAAUUCAGAUGGAAAAAGCACUUUUUGAACAAUAUUUUUUGAAGGGUCAUUUACCUACAUGGGCAUGACUUUUAAUAAUGAUAUUUAAUAAUAAUUGUUAGUAAAAUAAUGGUCAAUACAAAGCCCUCACUAACUCAGUGGUUUCACAAUUUGGUGGUCACAUUGGAAGUUGCAUUUUCAUGUAAAUGUACCAGCUACAUGUAGAUAUUCAAAUUAAGCCUGUACAGCUGAUGAGAUUGUUAUGCACAUGAUACUCUCUUGUAGCCUCCCACGCAGGCGUUUUUAGGGGAGCUCGUAUUUCUUCCCUCCCCACAAACGCCUGCUCAACAGAGGACAACAUUCCUUUCCCACGCUUAGCCUAUCACGUUGUACUUUCCAAAUUCUGGAAAGUUGACCUUGACCGCAGGGUAACCCGAUAAUCACGCGAUCUGCAUGAUUAAGAAACCUUCAUGAGCUCUAAUAAAUGUUAGUCUCAGAGCGGCAAAAGUAAGAUUUACUCAGUCAGAUUUUAGAAUUCUCUGUGCACUGCAUAACCUUAGCGAACAAAAGAAAAGAAGGAAAAAGGUAACUCUAGGGUCACGUUCUGGGUCACGAUUUUUCACUAUCACGAGCUUAUGAUGUCAUGUUUAGCCUGUCAACACUUUAUUUAAAAACCGUUGAUUGGUCACUUACCACGCGAAUGCAUCAAUGGGAAAGGAAUGUUGUCCUCUGUUGAGCAGGCGUUUGUGGGGAGGGAAGAAAUACGAGCUCCCCUAAAAGCGCCUGCGUGGGAGGCUAACUCUCUUGGGGCAGCGACACAAAUGCCAUGCAAAGUGAGCCGCAAAACUGCAUGGAAGAUCAAAUUGACUUGCCCCAAAUCUUCAUGUGUCUCCGCCACCAAUAGUUCAGCAGUAGUGGUUAUGUACUAACAGCCUUUGCGUGCAACUCCCACUAGCUACACAGGUUAUACAAAAUAAAAUUUUAUCAUGUGUGCAAGAUCAGCUUAGCUUUUAGCUGAUUCUAUUAUAAUAUCUAUGUUCUGUUAAGUAAUUGGGCUUUUUCCUGUAAGUAACUCUGUCACGCAAUUUUAGGCUUUAUACUGUAAAUAAGUUUUUGGAUUUCCCUUUCUUUCUCUACUAUGUUAUUUAUUUGUUUUGUUUUCUUUGCUUUUUUCUCCCUCCGCUUAUUAGCAUAUUUUUGCUAGAGGUCUAACCAAGCUCAAACCCAAGAUUAAAUAAAGCUUCAUUCUUCAUUCAUUCAUUCAUUGUUUGGUUGGAGGAAAAAUAUAUUUAUUAUGUUUAUUUGUGCUUUGGUUAAAAAUUGUAUUUUUGUUGUAGGUUCUGGAAGUACUUAUAUUUAUGGCCAUUGUGAUGCUACUUAUAAACCUGGCAUGACAAAAGAGGAAUGCUUCGCAUUUGUCUCAAAGGGUUUGUUUUUUUCUUAAUAAUAUUAAAUAGCAAAAAAGUAAAAUACAGGCACAAUAACUGUUACUUUACUGAACUCCUUUCCAUUAUUGAUGGUCCCUACCAGGGUGUGAUACAGCUAAUAACACAGUUAGAGAAAAAGACAUAGAGGAUAUUACAUGGCCACGUGGAGAUACAAAAUUUCUCUUCAAGUGUUGAAAAAUAUUCGAGUGAAAUUUUUUUUUCAACACGAGAAGAGAAAUUUCGUAUCUCCAAGCGGGCAUGUAAUGUUCUAUGUAUUAUAUAAACACCAAUGAAAAUACCAAACCAUUUCACUUUAAUAGUUUUUUGGUGUGAAAGGCGCAAUUUAUUAUGUAUCUAUAGCAAAGGUGAUAUUUUCGCACGAAAGGUCACCUGGUAUUUCAUUAGUGUCUAUAUAAUAAAUGUGCAUUAUUUUUGUAUUUACAUUAAUUGUGCACAAUUAUUGGUGUGAUGUUUUUUCCCUAACUUCAAUUACAUGUACAUGCAUGAGAAAGAAUUUAUUAUUUCCAAUUAGUGCUACCAUUUAUUUUAUUUAUUUGCUUUCUCUUUAGUUACUUUCUCUUUGCCGACUUUAUAGGAGAAAAUUAUUGUAUUGUUACCCACCUAGAAUAGCUCCGCUAAUUGUGGGUAACAUAGUCUUAAAUUAUUUGAAAAAUAAUUAAUUGAAUAAACUAUUUUUGCGAAUUUUGACAAUUGCUUUUACAGGGACACUCAAAAAUUAUUAGGGAAAGAGUCAGGGGGACCUUUAUCUGCUCAGAAAAACCACUGACAGAUAAUAAUGUGAAGGUAAAUAGUUGGUGGUGGGGGGGGGAGGUAACUUUGGAAUAAAAUUUUUUUCAUGCUGGUAACCCUCGGUUUAGUCUACAGAUACUAAGAUGGGACUUCCUCAUUUUUGGGGUGGGUGGGGAGGGGCAGUUCCCCAGACUCCCCCUCUGGUGUCACCACUGGUUAAAUCAUGGCCUGCAUGGUCAUUUUUGCCAACACACUUGUUCCUCUCCUACUGAAUACCCUUUGUAAAUAAACCUUUACUGUGUUCCUUUCAGCUGUGGCUCUUGCCAUGUCACGUGAUGGUUCUUCAGGUGGAAUUGUGCGUUUAGCUGCCAUAGACGAAUCCGGCAUUGAAAGGAGAGUUAUUCUGGGAAAUGAACUCCCAACAUUCUACGAGGGAUGAAAAGUUGACAGUGAAUCGUUUUUUCUUUCUUUCUGUAUUUUUUCUUUCUUUCUGUCUUUUGAAAUUUAAUCACUGUAUGCUAUCUCUGUACAACAGAAAUAAAGUUUCGUUCGAUGGCACUGUU